CUGUGGAUAAACAGACUGUCGAGAUCACCAAUUGCUUCUCCGUUCCCCACAACGAGUCAGAGGAUGAGGUGGCUGUCGACAUGGAAUUUGCCAAGAACAUGUAUGAGCUUCACAAGAAAGUCGCUCCCAACGAGGUGAUAGUGGGCUGGUUUGCCACUGGCCACGAUAUCACAGAGCACUCGGUGCUCAUUCACGAAUAUUACAGCCGAGAGGCGCAGAAUCCUGUUCACGUCACUGUGGAUACAAUGCUGCAAGAUGGCCGAAUGAGUAUCAAGGCCUACGUCAGUACUCCCCUUGGCGUUCCUGGGAAGACUAUGGGGGUCAUGUUCACUCCGUUGACCGUGAAAUAUGUUUAUUACGACACCGAGAGAAUUGGAGUCGAUGUGAUCCAGAGGACACGGACCAGCCCGAAUCGAACCAUCACCUUGUCGAGUGAUUUGCAGCAAGUCGGCACAUCUGCAGCUCGUAUCCAGGAUAUGCUGACGACAGUCCUCCAGUACGCUGAAGAGGUCCUGUCAGGCAAAAUCACACCAGACAACACUGUCGGGAGAUUUCUUAUCGAUUUGGUCAACAAAGUUCCAAAGAUUUCAGCCCAGGAUUUUGAAGCCAUGCUGAACAGCAACAUCAACGACCUACUGAUGGUAACGUACCUGUCGAACCUCACCCAGGCUCAGAUUGCACUGAAUGAGAAGCUGGUCGCUUUGUAAGCCUCCAUGAGGGAACGAUGAACUCUGAUCGAGGAGGAAGGGACUGUGACGGGACAGUUACCUUUUAAUAUGUUCUCUUUCUUACCUGGAGUAUUGCUGUCUUAAUGAAUCAUUCCCUCAGCCAAAAUAAAGAUUCUCUAUUUGAA